CUCUCUCUCUCUCUCACUGUCUCUCCCCCCACACACACACACACACACACACACACGCACACACACACCAUGUUGUCCUGAUCCGGAGUGUGUGAGUGUUUAAAGCGCGCGGAGGAGAUCGGAGCCCUGGAGGAACACACACACUUUGAGCCCGAGUCGAGGCCAUGCUGAGCCAUCUCUCUCUCAGUCUGAUCUGUGUGUUGGGACUCCUGGACACACACACACACGGAGCCGAACAUGACACGGGGCUCGUCACAUCAGGUCCAGUCGUGCAUCCUCACUUGACCGGAUGUCGUUCCAGUGAGUUGGUGACGUUCCGGUGUUGGUGGAGUUCCGGAACGUUCUCUAAUCUCAGUGAACCUGGAGCGCUCGCCCUCUUCUUCCAGAUGAACACUAUACCCCCCAGCGAGUGGCAGGAGUGUCCUGAAUACACACCCUCUGUACAGAAUGAGUGUUACUUCAGCAGAGACUUCACACGGAUCUGGACGACGUACUGCGUACAACUGCGCUCGACUACACACACACGCAACAUCACGCACGACGAGCAGUGUUUCACCGUGGAGAACAUCGUGUACCCUGACCCCCCCGUCGGUCUGAACUGGACGCUGCUGAACAUCAGCCGUUCAGGGAUGAACUUCGACAUCAUGGUCCGCUGGGCUCCGCCCCCUUCGGCGGAGGUGCAAACGGGCUGGAUGAGUCUGAAAUAUGAAGUUCACUAUCGUGUGCGAAACUCCUCCCACUGGGACAAGUUGGAUCUGGAGAGCGGUACUCAGCAGUCUAUCUACGGUCUCCACACGGGGAAACAUUAUGAGGUUCGAGUUCGCUGUACGAUGUCUGCCUUCAAAAACUUCGGUGAUUUCAGUGACAGCGUGUUUGUUCACGUCCCGUCGAUCCUGAGCCAAGAAUCGAUGUUCCCCAUGAAGCUGCUGCUGAUCGUCGGCGUCGUCGUGCUGCUGAUCUUCCUCAUCCUCGUCCUCCUCUCACAGCAGCAGCGGUUAAUGGUGAUUUUGCUGCCUCCUGUUCCAGCUCCUAAAAUUAAAGGGAUCGAUCCGGAGCUUUUAAAGGAUAAUAAGCUCUCCACCAUGUCUGAUGAUGGAGGAGUGGGAGAACAUGAGCACGAGUUUCCGGCUCAUUAUAAAGUCAUGCUGGAUAAACUGAACGAACAGAGACAGCUCGACCAGUUCACAGACAUCACGCUGAUCGUCGACGGUCAUCAGUUUCGAGCCCAUAAAGCCGUGCUGGCCGCCUGCAGUCAGUUCUUCCAUAAGUUCUUCCAGGACUUCACUCAAGAACCGCUGGUGGAGAUUGAGGGAGUGAGUAACAGUGCGUUUCGUCACCUGAUGGAGUUCACCUACACGGCCACGCUCGCUCUGAGAGGACAGGAGGAGGUGAUGGACGUGUGGAGAGCAGCUGAGUAUCUGCAGAUGCAGGAAGCCAUUAAAGCUCUGAACAACAGAGUGAAGAGUGAGGAGAGGAACAGCACGCUGAAGUCUGAGCCUCAGCCCCUCUCUGAUAAAACCAAAGCGAAGAAGAGAAAAAUCGCAGAGACGUCGAACGUGAUCACGGAAACCCUGCCGUCGGCGGAGGCGGAGGCGGAGUCAGAGCGGGUGGAGAUCGAGGUGGAGGUCGGGGAAGAGGCCAUCGUGCAGGAGUGCGUGAUGGAGGAGGAGGUGACGGACGGGGGCAGGGAAACGGACGACUCCGCCCUCGCGCUGCUCGCCGACAUCACCAGUAAAUACCAGCAGGGGGCGCCGAACGUGAAGAAGGCUAAAGAGGAGGCGGGGGAUCUGCAGGAGGAGGCGGUGAUGGCCACCAAAACGCUGGAGGGGAUCGAGGUGGUGGAGGUGCAGAUCUCCGACAACAUGUUCCGCUGUGAUAAAUGCGAUCGGUGCUUUAAGCUCUUCUACCACCUAAAGCAGCACAUGAAGACGCACACGGCGAGCUCGGAGAAGCCGUUCGUGUGUAAACACUGCGGGAAGACGUACGCUCGGGAGGGGGCGCUCAAACAGCACGUCACCACGUGUCACUACGACGCCGAGGAGCUGAACAAGAAGCUGAAGAAGAAAGUGCACAUGUGUGUGUACUGCAGUAAGGAGUUCGACCACUUCGGUCACUUCAAAGAGCACUUACGGAAACACACGGGUGAGAAACCUUUCGAAUGUCCCGAUUGCCACGAACGGUUCGCCAGGAACAGCACGCUGAAGUGCCACAUGUCGGCCUGCCAGAACGGCGCCGGAGCGAAGAAAGGCCGGAAAAAACUCUACGAAUGUCAGGUGUGUGGUGAGGUGUUCAACAGCUGGGAUCAGUUUAAAGAUCACCUGGUGAUCCACACAGGAGACAAACCCAAUCACUGCACGCUGUGUGAUCAGUGGUUCACUCACGCCCGAGACCUCACGGCUCACCUGCAGCAGCAGCACGCCAUCCACGAGGAGGACGGAGCGAUGGUGGAGGAACGAGUGGAGCUGGAGGACGGCGUGAUGAUGGAGGAACAGGUGGAGCUGCAGGACGGAGUGAUGAAAGGACAGGUGGAGCUGCAGGGCGCGGUGAUCGAGGGACGAGUGGAGCUGCAGGACGGAGUGAUGGUGGAGGAGCGAGUGAUCAUGGAGGGACAGAUGGAGCUGCGAGACGGAGUGAUGGUGGAGGGGCAGGUGGUACUGCAGGACGGAGUGAUGGAGCAGCAGGUGAUUCUGCAGGACGGAGUGGUGAUGGAAGGACGAGUGGAGCUGCAGGACGGCGUGCUCGAGCAGCCGGUGGUUCUGCAGGAUGGAGUGAUGAUAGAGGAACAACUGGAGCUGCAGGACGGGGUGAUGGUGGAAGGACGAGUGGAGCUUCAGGACGGGGUGAUGGCGCAGCCGGUGGUUCUGCAGGAUGGAGUGAUCGUGGAGAACCAGGUGGAGACGGUGCUGAUAGAGGUGGAGGAGGACGGAGUGAAAGAACAGACGCCGAGCGUAAACGUAUGAAAGUGAAGAAACGUGACGGACUGACGUGCGGAUGAACGAUAUUUAUUUUUGUAAAGCGGAGCGUGUGUUCUCUCCUCGCAGAAACAUAAACACCACUCCUCAUUUGCUUCAUUUUUAUUUUUUUAGGAAAUUCAGGGGAAAGAUGGCGGCAGUGGGCGUGUCCCGAUAACCUGUUACACCAUUUAUAUAUAAAUAUAAAGAUAUAAAUAUUGCGCUAUUUAACAUGAGCAACGAUAAUUAUCAUCAUAAUACCAUUCUGAUUCUUCAGACUCGAUUCCUUCCCUUCAAAGUUCCCUCACUUUCGAAAAAAAUAUGUAUACGUAUCCGAACAAGUCUGUUCAUCACAAGUCUGUAAAAACACAGAGGGCGGAGCUUAAGAUGUGAGCAUGUGACAUCACGUUCUUCCUUUGAAGUUUUUCAUCUCUGUGUCGUUUACUGCUUAGCGUUAAAUACAGCUUUUAGCUACACAGUAUAAUAAUUUAGCUACAUCAGUUAGUUAGUUAGUUAGUAAUUCUAGUUAGCUAGUUUAUUGUGUAAUUAAAACCAGGAGCCAUGCUGACUAGCCUGCUAGCUAAAGUUACGUACGGUAAACUACUAUAUUGUGUAAUUAAACUCAGUACAUUAUGCUAAGCUGUAAUGAUGAUGUCAUAAGACCAAGGUUGUGAUUGGCUGAUUGAAUGUAGCUUAAGCUCCGCCCCUUGCUGACCCAGAGCCUCCCUGAUGUGUGACGCAAUACAGCGAAUUUGAAGCAGGAAGAGAAAAGUUUGAAAAAAAUGUAUUUGAAGUUUUAUUUAUUUCACAUUUCAUCCUUCAAACUGUAGCAACACGUUUAUUAUUGUUGUUAUUGUUGUUAUUGUUAUUAUUUUGUUUUCUGUUUUUUUGUAAAGAAUUUUUGGAUUUGCUUUUUUUAAGUUGAAGUGUAACUCUGGUUCUGGUGCGGUGUGUAAAGCGAGCGCGGCUGUAGAGCACGAGUUGUUAUUUUUGUAAAAUGUUUGUGUUAUUUAAGCGCGACGCCGCGACGCUGCUGUGUGACUGUAAAGUUCUUCAGCGGAUCCGAACGCGGCAUUUUGGCAGAAAAGAUCCGAAUGUUGCAACAUUUCAGAUUUUAUUUCAGAUUGUAAUGCGUUUGUACAGAGCAAUAAAAUAAAAUCUACA